CCAGGUUUCCCAGAACAAACCAACUUCUUCCUCUUCUCUCCCCGUCUCUCCUAUUGCUUACCAUUUCGUCUUCAGUCUACCUUCAAGCGCUCCCACAGCCACCGUCCUUACCUAAUCACUUAUCGAUAAGCACGCGUCCAAAAGACGCGAUCGACUACAGAAUGUCACUCCCUCACGACCAGGCCAUGGCUCCCCUGGGUGAUUUCCCGCAUCGGACACCCAAGCCGUUGCCUUUCGAAUUGGUGCAACAUACUGGCAUUUUCUUCGAGGAACACCUCUACACACGAGCCUUGGAAAUUUUGUUCAACACCCUCGCCUCGGGGACCUACGCUUCAAAUACAGUCCUGAUCCCCCUGCCACAGCAUCUGGCCGUUGCAGCGACAAUUCUCGUUCAUCCGUCUACAACCACUCGUGCCCAGACCACCAAUGAAAAAGAUGCGCCGGAUGUUGCACUAAGGCUACUACGACUUUUCUGCGCCCAGGUUAACCCUAUAGAAGCAAAGCUCAAUAUUGCUUUUAGUUUCACACGUUCCAAGCUUUCGCGAUCAGGACGAAGAUAUUACGAGGAACAUGAUCCGACUAGCGAACUUCGCCAUGACGAGACGAAACCGUUGAACCUGGCAUUGGGUACGACGGAGUCCUUGUGGUCUCGCGCGGAAGACUUCUGGCAUGCCGUCGGAUGGGCAUUCAAUUGUUCUGUGCUUUAUCCGGAACGCUGGGACCGCUGGCAGAUUUGGUUGCAGUUCAUGUGUGAAGUACUGAUAGAUGACUGGUCGCAACGAGAGAAGGAAUACAUCGCAAAGCAAGAACAACGCAGGAGUGGCUCCCAAAAUAUUUCACCCGGGGGAAACCGAGGGGCAACCACUCCGGAAGAUGAUCUGAAUAUUCUUCGGCAAAGUUUGAUCUUCCAGUAUAUUGCUGCUGAUGCGAGGAAUGUGAAUACUCGCCGAAUUAUCAAGUCCAUCUUUGCAGACGGGAGUACCGCCUCCUUGAAUCAGUUUCGCGAGGUCUUUGAGAAGGAGCUCGCGAUCUCCAAGCCCAAGAAACACGCUACAAAACCAAUGAAGCGAGAUCGUGAGGUCAAUAUUGAUAGAGACCAAUACGGUGACUACUUGGAUGAGGAUUCGGAGGAUGACUCUGCCUCUGGUCCGAGCAAGUCACAGUCCCGUGCAUCUACGCCGUUGGAAAACACGCCGAGUGUUCGACGCUCGAAACGGACCAGACGAGGCACCCGGAACGCGUCAGACCCGACCGGUGCAGAGCCAGCUCGAGAAAAUGCUGAUGCCGGCCAGGCCCACCUCACACACCAUGGUGGCGGUGUGUCUCAAAUGGGCGGCCUCGACUCUCUUGCACUGCGUAAGAGAUUGCUCGGCAUCCUGUCGAGAGUAUCCGAGCAACUACCACAAGAUUUCAUCGAACUUGGUGAUCUCUAUCAACUCUUCGUUGACCAAAUCCGGCAUCAACCCCUGCCGAUUUUCCAAGCCUUUGUAAAUCCACUUGUGCUUCCCGAGCUCGACGACGAAGCGCAGACUACUCUAUGCGAGUUUUUGCUAUUCAACAUGAUCCAAAGUGGCGCCCCAACGUCAUUAGAGGACCGACUCACCGUUACAAAGUUGGAACAAUGCUUCCUUCCCUAUGGGACGGCCACAGCCAGUGUCGCCGACAAUGCCAAAUUCUCCCUGAUUCUCGAAUCGUUGGUUACGUUGCUGGCAUGCCGAGGCUGGAUCAAACAAACGCCAUCGUUGAGAGAGGCGGUUGAUACGGGGAUCGAACAUCGAGUCCAGCGGGCACAAUCAGAAUCACGUCGAGGCCAGGCUAGCCGGGACAAGGAGGCACUUGAGGGGUGCUGGCUGCAGGAAAGUGGAGAUAGACUGAGAUAUCUCAUCGAGCUUCUUCCAGAAGAGUAACUGUAAAACUCUCGGCACGGCAACUGGCUGGAAUCAUGAUAAAUACGAUGGCAAUGACUUUAAUGAUGCAUACUCGAGUUUCGCAACUGUUAAUAUAAUUACUGGUUUUACUGGUCAGCCCAACACUCGCUCUAUAAAAUUACACGGAGGAUAUAUAUAGGGACCUGUGAAAUUGAGGCCGAAAAUGACAACCUCUGGCGCCAGAAACGGCCGCCUUUC